CGACGACGCUUGACUUUGUCUGAAAAACGCGAAGGAAAAUGCUGAGAGCACAGAGCCGACUUGUUUUGCGUCAGCGCCUCCUGACACCGCAGGCUGCUCAGAAGGCCCCUAUCUCAUCUUCAUCGCUCAAGCCAGCGAUAUCGGCGCGUUUGAACCCGGCAUCUCGUCCUUCCGCUCGUGGUAGAGACCUGACAUCCGUUCUUCCUUCAUCUUCAUCGAUAUCCUCUAGGAAUAUGUCUACACACUACGGGGAAUCUGCGGCUCGUCCUGAUCCCGACAAGGUCGUGCAAGAUAUCGCUGACUAUGUUCAUGGGUACAAUAUCGAGUCGGAUCUGGCCUACGAGACGGCGAGACUCUGUUUGAUUGAUACUAUCGGGUGUGGCUUGGAAGGACUGAGGUUCGAGGAGUGCAGGAGGCUGCUGGGUCCGGUAGUUGAAGGCACUGUGGUUCCUAACGGGACCAAGGUGCCCGGGACCAAUUACCAACUCGAUCCUAUCCGUGGCGCCUUCAACAUUGGCACAAUCAUUCGCUGGCUCGACUUCAACGACUGCUUUUUGGCCGCCGAAUGGGGCCAUCCUUCCGACAACUUGGGAGCCAUCCUCGCAGUCGCAGACCAUCUUUCUCGCAAGGGCGAAACUGUGACGGUCAAGCAGAUCCUGGAGGGAAUGAUCAAGGCGCAUGAGAUUCAGGGUUGCCUGGCGCUCUUGAACUCCUUCAACCGUGUUGGGCUCGACCAUGUCGUUCUCGUCAAAGUCGCCAGCACUGCCGUCGUCUCGAAGAUGCUUGGUCUCAAUCGCGACCAGACUAUCGAUGCCAUUUCGCAGGCAUGGGUCGACGGCCAAUCUCUUCGCACCUACCGACAUGCUCCCAACACGGGCUCACGCAAGUCUUGGGCUGCUGGUGAUGCUUGUUCGCGUGCCGUCAACUUGGCUUACCUCGUCAAGAAGGGUGAGAAGGGCAUGCCCUCCAUCCUCACGGCUAAGACCUGGGGUUUCUACGAUGUUCUCUUCAAGGGCAAGCCGUUCGAGUUCCAACGCCCAUACGGUUCAUACGUCAUGGAAAACGUCCUCUUCAAGAUCUCAUACCCCGCCGAAUUCCACGCCCAGACGGCGGUCGAGUGCGCGCACAUUGUUCACGACAAGUUGAAAGCUCUAGGCAAGACCUCUGACGACAUCAAGAGCGUUCGCAUCCGUACGCAGGAAGCUGCGAUCCGUAUCAUCGACAAGCAUGGUCCUCUGGACAACUUUGCUGAUCGGGACCACGCAAUCAGCUACAUGGUCGCCUACCCUCUCAUCCACGGCAACUUGACCUCGGAAAGCUAUACCGACAAAGCCGCCGCUGAUCCUCGUAUCGACGCCCUCCGCGCAAAGACGCACUGCGUCGAAGACAAACGCUUCAGCGUAGACUACCACGACCCUGAGAAACGCUCCAUCGGCAACGCUCUUCUCGUCGAGCUUAACGACGGAACCGUCCUUGACGAGGUGGAGGUCGAAUACCCUGUUGGCCACAAGCGUCGCCGUGAGGAGGGCACGCCUCUCCUGCUCUCGAAGUUCAAGCGUCAUAUUGGACACCACUUCGACGAGGCUCAUCAGAAGAAGAUCUUUGAUACCGUUUCGGAUGCGAAGUCUUUGUGGGCGCUGCCUGCGGACAAAUUCACGGACAUCUUCGUGAAGGCUUGAACAGUUGUAAAAUAUCCUGCGUUGGCAUUCUAGACGAGAAAACUUCGAGACGAUAGUAUGCCGCAGUACGCAGUGAAAACAACCUAUGCAUUGCUUCAUAACAAUCUACCAAAGACCACGUGUACGAUAUUGGAAGGUUACGGGGGCUAUUGACUACGUUAUCCGGACGACGACCGAGAGCCAUACAAAACAGACGACCUGAAUACAUGCGAGAGCUACAGAACAUGGAUAUACGAUUGCAGGAUACUUCACGAAAGACGCUGAUGGAGUUCGAACAGCUACAUGAC